GGACCGAAGAGGUUAACGUGCAUCUGCCUCCGAAUGUUAAUGUGUCUAGGUGAUGUCAGUGGGAGCUGGGAAGGAGGGAGUGGGGCGAGCUGUUGGGCUCAGAGGCAGCAGAGGCUGCCAGGCGGCAGAGGAAGACCCUUUUCUGGACUGCAGGGCUGGCUCACGCUCGGGACAAGGCGGUGGCAGGCACUGGAGGCUGCCGCAGCCUGCGUGGGUGGACGGGCUCAACUCCAGGGAGCAAGCGACCUGCACUGGCUGCAUGGAUCUGCAAGCCUCGUUGCUGUCCACUGGCCCUAAUGCCAGCAACAUCUCCGAUGGCCAGGAUAAUCUCACAUUGGCCGGGUCACCUUCUCGCAAAGGGAGUGUCUCCUACAUCAACAUUAUUAUGCCUUCCGUGUUUGGCACCAUCUGUCUCCUGGGCAUUGUGGGAAACUCCACAGUCAUCUUCGCUGUGGUGAAGAAAUCCAAGCUACACUGGUGCAGCAACGUCCCGGACAUCUUCAUCAUUAACCUCUCUGUGGUGGAUCUGCUCUUCCUCCUGGGCAUGCCUUUCAUGAUCCACCAGCUCAUGGGCAAUGGAGUCUGGCAUUUUGGGGAAACCAUGUGCACCCUCAUCACAGCCAUGGAUGCCAACAGUCAGUUCACCAGUACUUACAUCCUGACUGCCAUGGCCAUUGACCGCUACUUGGCCACCGUCCACCCCAUCUCCUCCACCAAAUUCCGGAAGCCCUCUAUGGCCACCCUGGUAAUCUGCCUUCUGUGGGCUCUUUCUUUCAUCAGCAUCACCCCUGUGUGGCUCUAUGCCAGGCUCAUCCCCUUCCCCGGGGGUGCCGUGGGCUGUGGCAUCCGCCUUCCAAACCCAGACACUGACCUCUACUGGUUCACUCUAUACCAGUUUUUUCUGGCCUUCGCCCUGCCCUUUGUGGUCAUUACUGCUGCAUAUGUGAAAAUACUGCAGCGCAUGACAUCUUCGGUGGCCCCAGCUUCUCAGCGUAGCAUCCGGCUGCGGACAAAGAGGGUGACUCGCACGGCCAUCGCCAUCUGUCUGGUGUUCUUUGUGUGCUGGGCACCCUACUAUGUGCUGCAGCUGACCCAGUUGUCCAUCAGCCGUCCCACCCUCACAUUUGUCUACUUGUACAAUGCAGCCAUCAGCUUGGGCUAUGCCAAUAGCUGCCUCAAUCCCUUUGUGUACAUAGUACUCUGUGAGACCUUUCGGAAACGCUUGGUCUUGUCAGUGAAGCCUGCCGCCCAGGGGCAGCUUCGCACAGUCAGCAAUGCUCAGACAGCUGAUGAGGACAGGACAGAAAGCAAAGGCACCUGACAUUUCCCCUAUCCCAAAUUAUGGGACCCAUAAAUUGCUAGGGAGGCUUUGCAGGGAGCAGCCAGGUUUUUUUGGGGGGGGAUCUUCAAACCUCAGAAAUCCCCUUGGCUGAACAAGAAGAAAAUGGUGGUUUGACUGGUCUCCAUGGGAGCUCUAUCUGUUAGCUCACAUACAUCUUUUUCCCAAGGGAAGAGGUUGAAGGUGCUUAGCUGUAAUCAGGCAGGGGUAGGAGGUGGACAGCCGGGCUCUCCCUCUCAUCUCUCAUUGGUGUGUAAAAAGGCAGCCUUUCUUCCAAGCUGGUGAUCAUCUCUGAAGCAUGCUGUCUCAGCUCCAGCAUCCUGUGUGGGUUUCACUUUCUCUCUAGGGGAUGCAUGUUUACACUGGGGUGGGGCUCUGAGCCCACAGGAGUUUAAAAAACAAAAGAGCCAAUGCCCAGUAACUGAGAAUGACAAGGAGACCCAGGAUAGAUGUGGAUCUUGAAACUGAUAAAGAAGGGGCUUUCACAGUGACAGGGGCUUUCUCUUUACAGGGCACAACUGUCAGUCAGUCCAUGGCUGACCCAGAGUGAACAUCUAUGUAUUGUGCGUGUGUUGGGGGUCACUCCAGUGCCUAAUAUGUUGGCAUCAUCUUUGUGCUUCAGCUUUCCACACCCACA